UUAAUUAGGCUGCCGAUUGAUUAAAAAGUGUAUUGAUUUGUAUGUAUUCCACCCAGCGCCGGUGGCGACUGCUGCUGCUGCUUGUGCUGCCGCCACCGCCUGAGUUAGCCCAGUGUUUUCCCAAUAUAGAGUGUUGUUGCUGAAGCUCCAUCCACCAAAUAUGUCGGCUCCUGUUGGGCCCCGGGGUGGCCCUGCUCCACCUCCACCUCCUCCUCCUCCACCUCAAUCCGAGAUGCCCGACCUCAGCCACCUUACGGAGGAAGAGAGAAAAAUCAUCCAGGCCGUUAUGGAUCGCCAGAAGAAGGAAGAAGAGAAGGAGCAAUCCGUACUCAAGGUCAAAGAAGAACAAAAACCACAAGUGACACAGUGGUUUCCCUUUAGUGGGAUCACUGAGCUGGUAAAUAACGUUCUUCAGCCACAGCAAAAACAACAAAAUGAAAAGGAGCCCCAGACGAAAUUGCACCAACAGUUUGAAAUGUAUAAAGAACAGGUGAAAAAGAUGGGUGAAGAAUCUCAGCAACAGCAGGAGCAGAAGGGUGAUGCUCCAACCUGUGGUAUUUGCCACAAAACAAAAUUUGCCGAUGGUUGUGGCCAUAAUUGUUCAUAUUGCCAAACUAAAUUCUGUGCACGUUGCGGAGGAAGAGUGUCUUUACGCUCAAACAAGGAGGAUAAAGUGGUAAUGUGGGUAUGUAACUCGUGCCGAAAACAACAAGAAAUCCUCACAAAAUCCGGAGCCUGGUUUUAUAAUAGUGGAACAAAUACGCCGCAAAGGUCUGAUCAAGUCGUUUUUAGAGGACUGCGGAACGAAGAAGCACCUCAAGAGAAAAAAGCAAAGCUGCAAGAACAAUCCAUAUCAUCACUGGAACGCGGUAGAUCUCAAGGGCUCACGAGGCAAGAAUCCAUAAACGGCUCAGGAGGAAAGGUGGCAGGUGACACAGUAGACAGAAAAAGAAGUCCAUCAAUAUCCAGAGAUCAGAACAGAAGGUUCAACCAACUGGAGGAGAGAGACGACUAUUCACAGUAUGCAACAUCAGACAGUGCAAUGCCAAGAUCACCAUCAGACUAUACAGAUUAUACAGACAGGCGAUCACAACAUGGAUCUCAGUUAUAUGAAGAACCUGAACUUGAUGACUACAGGGAUUCCAACAGGAGAAGUCACAGGCGUUCGAGGGAAUAUCCUUUAGAAGAAGAUGAUGUGCAGAACAGAGAGGAAUAUGAGAGGCAGCGGCGGGAAGAAGAAUACCAAGCACGAUACAGAAGUGAUCCUAAUUUGGCUCGUUAUCCUGUCAAACCACAGCCAUAUGAAGAACAGAUGCGUAUUCAUGCUGAAGUGUCCCGAGCACGUCAUGAACGAAGACACAGUGAUGUGUCUUUGGCAAAUACUGAAUUGGAAGAUUCACGGAUAUCUAUGAUGAGAAUGGAACGGCCAUCAAGGCAAAGGUCUGCAUCUGAACGCAGAGCUGCCAUGGAACAACGUUCAUAUUCAAUGGAAAGAACUCAGGGACCAAGUCCCAAUCGGCAGAGGACCACAAAUCACAGCCCUCCAACACCUAGGAGGAGUCCAAUUCCUUUUGAUAGGCCAGAUCUGAGGCGGACUGAUUCAUUAAGAAAACAGCACCAUUUGGAUCCCAGCUCAGCUGUACGAAAAACAAAACGUGAAAAAAUGGAAACCAUGUUAAGAAAUGAUUCACUAAGUUCAGACCAGUCUGAAUCAGUUAGGCCUCCACCACCAAAGCCUCAUAAAACAAAAAAAGGGGGUAAAAUGCGUCAGGUGUCUCUGAGUAGCUCUGAAGAAGAAUUGGCCUCUACUCCAGAAUAUACCAGCUGUGAUGAUGUAGAAAUUGAAAGUGAAAGUGUUAGUGAGAAAGGGGACAGUCAAAGGGGAAAAAGAAAAACUAGUGAGCAGGCAGUUUUGUCGGAUUCUAACACCUUGUCUGAAAGACAAAAGAAAAUGGUGUGUUUUGGUGGCCACUCUUUGGAAGAGGAUUUGGAAUGGUCUGAGCCUCAGAUUAAAGACUCUGGGGUAGACACGUGUAGUAGCACAACUCUAAAUGAGGAGCAUAGCCAGAGUGAAAAGCAUCCUGUAACUUGGCAGCCAUCCAAAGAUGGAGACCGUUUAAUUGGUCGGAUUUUGUUAAACAAACGACUAAAAGACGGAAGUGUGCCUAGAGAUUCUGGAGCAAUGCUUGGACUGAAGGUUGUAGGAGGAAAAAUGACAGAAUCGGGUCGGCUAUGUGCAUUUAUCACAAAAGUUAAAAAAGGAAGUCUAGCUGAUACAGUGGGACACCUUAGGCCAGGUGACGAAGUGUUAGAAUGGAACGGAAGACUUUUGCAAGGAGCCACCUUUGAAGAAGUGUAUAACAUCAUUCUAGAAUCUAAACCAGAGCCACAAGUGGAACUUGUAGUUUCAAGGCCAAUUGGGGAUAUUCCCAGAAUACCUGACAGUACACAUACACAGUUGGAGUCCAGUUCUAGCUCAUUUGAAUCUCAAAAAAUGGACCGGCCUUCUAUUUCAGUCACUUCUCCCAUGAGUCCUGGCAUGUUGAGAGAUGUUCCACAGUUCUUAUCUGGACAACUUUCAAGCCAAAGCCUUAGUAGAAGAACAGCGCCUUUUGUUCCUAGGGUUCAGAUAAAACUAUGGUAUGACAAAGUUGGUCAUCAAUUGAUAGUGACAAUAUUGGGAGCAAAGGAUCUUCCUUCAAGGGAAGAUGGGAGGCCAAGGAAUCCCUAUGUUAAAAUUUACUUUCUUCCUGACAGAAGUGAUAAGAAUAAAAGAAGAACCAAAACAGUAAAGAAAACUUUAGAACCCAAAUGGAACCAAACAUUCAUUUAUUCUCCAGUUCAUCGGAGAGAAUUUAGAGAACGAAUGUUGGAAAUUACUCUUUGGGACCAAGCACGAGUUCGCGAGGAAGAGAGUGAAUUUUUAGGAGAGAUUCUAAUUGAAUUAGAGACAGCAUUGCUGGAUGAUGAACCUCAUUGGUACAAACUUCAGACGCAUGAUGUCUCUUCAUUGCCACUUCCCCACCCUUCACCAUAUUUGCCACGCCGACAGCUUCACGGAGAGAGUCCCACACGAAGGUUGCAAAGGUCCAAACGAAUAAGUGAUAGUGAAGUCUCAGACUAUGAUUGUGACGAUGGAAUAGGAGUAGUGUCAGAUUACCGACAUAAUGGAAGAGAUCUUCAAAGCUCAACACUAUCAGUGCCAGAACAAGUGAUGUCAUCCAAUCAUUGCUCUCGGUCAGGGUCCCCUCACCGUGGAGACAGUAUAGGAAGGACCAGGUCGUGGUCCCCCAGUGUCCCGCCUCUACAAAGUAGGAAUGUGGAACAGGGGUCUCGAGGGACCCGAUCUACUCCUGCACAUUACAAUACCAUGAACCGAAUGGAUAGACAUCGAAUAAUGGAUGACCACAACUCCCCAGACAGAGAGAGUCAUUAUCUCACUCUGCCCUGGUCCCAUCAUACUCAGUCCAUUGACUACCAUCAUAGAGAUGCCAGCAAGGAUCACUCAAUGUAUCCUAUCUUUUGUGAAGAUGCAAUCAGAUUACUUCGAUCCCGUACGAUGUGCCGUACCUAUUCUGAGGGUGCUUACUAUGAAUUUGAGAGGAGGAGUAGGAAGGAGGGAAGAGUGCCUAAUACAUAUUUUGAUGACACUGAUAUUUCCCCUACUCGUGAAAGGUAUUACAAUGGUGCAAGUUCAUGGGCAGAUCAUGUAGUCAAUGGUUCAGCUGAAAACUACGGGAAUUGGGAACCUAGACUACCAUAUCAAAGAUCCAGAUCAACAGAACAGCGUCCUGUGCUAGAGCGGCCCAGCCCCCGCUCCCGAUCCACUGAGCGUCCUGACUCAAACCUCAUGAGAUCGAUGCCUUCAUUAAUGACUGGAAGAUCUGCCCCUCCCUCACCUGCCUUAUCGAGGUCACAUGCUCAUACGGGGUCUGUCCAAACAAGUCCAUCAGGUACACCAGUAGCAGGACGAAGGGGUAGACAAUUGCCACAGCUCCCACCAAAGGGAACACUGGAGAGAAACAAUGGAGACAAGGAGAUAGAACCUUAUGAAGGUACUAUGGAUGUUGAAGAGAGAAACCGCCAAAUGAAAAUGAACAAGUACAAACAGGUAGCAGGAUCAGACUCCAGGCUGGAGCAAGAUUAUCACUCUAAGUAUCGGUCAGGGCGGGAUCCUCAACGAGGCUCUGACAAUGUCUCCAACAAGUCUUCAGACAGUGAUGUAAGCGAUGUGUCAGCAGUAUCGAGGACCAGUAGCGCUUCACGUUUCAGCAGCACUAGCUAUAUGUCUGUGCAAUCAGAACGACCGAGAGGAAACAAGAAAAUUAGAUCAAAUGAGGAAAGAAAAGAGGGAGGGGAGGAAGGGGAUGGGGAGAUAUUCCCCGAGGAGGAGGAAGAGAAUCAGGAGCUUGAGGAAAAGGUGAAGGAUGAACAAGUUGAUGAAAAGGGGGAAGGGGAAGAGGUGACAGAGAACUGUGAUGAGGAGGAAAACAAAGAACCAGAAGCAAAUGAAGAGACCCGAGAUGAACAAACUGAGGAAGGGGCAGAAACAAGUAAUAAAGAGGAUUUGCAAAGGAGAUACUCACAAGAUGAUCUCAGACAGAUGGGCGCUUCAGGACAGAACAUAACUAAGAGCACCAGCAUCAGCGGGGAGAUGUACACGCUGGAGAAGAACGAUGGCAGCCAGUCCGACACAGCAGUGGGCACUGUGGGUACAGGAGGCAAAAAGCGACGCUCCAGCAUUGGCGCAAAGAUGGUAGCAAUUGUGGGACUUUCGCGGAAAAGCAGAAGUACCUCACAGCUCAGCCAAACUGAAGCAGGUGGCAAAAAGUUAAAGAGCACAGUUCAGAGAAGCACAGAAACUGGGUUGGCUGUGGAGAUGAGAAACUGGAUGACGCGUCAAGCCAGCCGGGAAUCCACAGAUGGCAGCAUGAACAGUUACAGCUCUGAGGGAAAUUUGAUCUUUCCUGGUGUUCGGUUGGCUGCAGACAGCCAGUUCAGUGAUUUUCUGGAUGGACUUGGUCCUGCACAACUCGUUGGGCGCCAAACACUGGCUACUCCAGCAAUGGGUGAUAUCCAGGUUGGAAUGAUGGACAAAAAGGGACAGUUGGAAGUGGAAAUAAUAAGAGCUCGAGGCCUUGUUGUAAAACCAGGUUCAAAGACACUGCCAGCACCAUAUGUAAAGGUGUAUCUAUUAGAAAAUGGAGUCUGUAUAGCCAAAAAGAAAACAAAGGUUGCAAGAAAAACGCUGGAACCUCUUUAUCAGCAACUGUUGUCCUUUGAAGAGAGUCCCCAAGGAAAAGUUUUACAGAUUAUCGUGUGGGGAGACUAUGGACGUAUGGAUCACAAAUCCUUUAUGGGAGUGGCACAGAUACUUUUAGACGAACUGGACCUGUCCAACAUGGUGAUUGGCUGGUUCAAACUUUUCCCCCCUUCCUCCCUAGUAGAUCCAACUCUGGCCCCCCUUACAAGAAGGGCUUCCCAGUCAUCUCUUGAAAGUUCAACGGGACCUUCUUAUGCUCGCUCAUAGCAGCUGUGAAACUGUUAUCAUAGCAACCAGCGUUACGUAAAAAUAAAAAAUUAACAGGUCGCAAACCCUGGUAACACUGCAUGCUUAAUGUUGUGUCUUCGGAGCCUGUUUCUAGGGCUAUAAAGCGAUCCUGUGUUCUCAGAGGAAGUUGCACACAUUGUGCUCUAAAGGAAGUCCUCAGGUGAAGGAGUGGAGCUGGAAAGAACUAAAUGGUUUGGAGUUCAGUGACACUCGACUUUUAGUCCAAUCUGAAGCCAUGGAUUAAACUAAAGAAUCAAGCUGUCUCAUGCAACAAGAACCCCUUUCAAUGGCACAUCUAUUUUCUUGCUCCCUUUUCUUUAUCUGCCCCUUCCUGCCCGCCCCCAGCCUCCCCAAGCCUGGAUAUGCCACAGAAAUACGGAGCUACCCAAAGAAGCCAUGUCACAAGUCAUCUGGGAGGAAGGAAGAAAAGAGGGUCAUUAAAGGAAAAGCGAUCUGUCACUGCAAUUAUUAACAGCAGAGGAAACACGCCUUAUCAGAAAGGUUGAAGACUAAUAGUGGCCGGCUUCAUAACUCCAGCUACUGCUAGAGUCAAACCCAGUGUGUGGACUCUCUGAAAAUUAAAAUUCUGUGGCUAUACUGUACUGUAUGAAAUUAAAGACACUUUUUUGCAUGGACACAGAUUAUGCUGAACACUUAAAAUUAUUUUCUUGGGGCUGCAACUUGCAAAAAAAGAAUAAAUCAGCCAUUUUCAACAAUUUAUAUUAUUUUUAAAAUAAAUUUCACUAGUGCAUGGUUUUAAAAGGGAGAGAAUGCAACAGGGUGAUAAGACACACCAAGUUUAUCAUUCUUUAAACCAAUCAUGGUCUGUGUUUUUGCAGACAUAAAUGAAAAAUUAAUAAUUUCUAGCAAAUAUUUAAAAUUAUGUUUAUGUGACAAGAAAUAAGUGUAAUAUAUUAAAUUUAUUUAAAUGUAAAAGGUACAAGCCUUGUAAAGUUCAACAAUAUGUGCAAAUUGUACACUUCUUUCCCCUUCUUGUCUACCCCUCCCUCCUUUUGCUCUCAUUCCCUUCCUACCUCCCAGGAUGAUCAUUAUACUCUGAAACGGCUAAUUUUGACUUAUUACUCUCAUGCUCCAUAUUUGGUUCAGAACUGCAGAUGAUACUGCAUUUCUGAAAUCUUUGAGGGGGGAAAAUAUUGUUUAAGAACUUUUUUCAAGCAUGUUGAAAAGAAUUUUUGCAACAUGGCUUGGGGAGUACAUUACAAUAAUUCAGCAUGUAUUUGAUAAAAGAAAUUGAACUUUUUGCAGUUUAUUGUACAGUGCAUGGAAACUUAUUUUCUUUUUUCUCACCUUCAAAUUAAAUUCUACAGCAAAAUACUGGAAUCAUGUGGCCAUUUGUAAAAUGUCUUCAAUAAAUUUGUUUUCAGCACCAGCAUUGUUCAUUCAAAGGUUGAACUAUCAUUUCUGGAUGGUUUUGAAGAAAUAACAAGACAACAGUCUUGCUAAGUAUCAGCAUCUUAUCAUUUGCACUGAGCAAAACAAAUUGCUACCCAUUUAGGGUCACAAUAAAUAGCAAUUAAGCUGUUCUGUUCAGUUUUCAUAAACUGUGUUUGUGAUAGCAAAUCAAUAAAUAUGAGCCUGACAUUAAAAAGUCACAAUUUGGGCUGCAGUCCUGAGCCUAUUUAAUCUUUAAAUUAGUGGUACUUACAUGCCCUAAGAGAUGGCAGGACUGAACCUUUUGAUUUUUUAACGCCUUAAUUAAAAUACAUGCAAUUUAAUAAUUUUUUGACACCAUCACCAAGAGCCUAAAUGCAAAACGCCACAGGUAUUUGAAGAAACAAACAACACCUAUCUCCUGUAUCAGGUUAAUUUAAUACUAUUUGAAGGAGGGAUGGAAAGGUAAGGUAUUUUAAGUCCAGAUCUCUUAUUAUCUCCUGAUGAAAAGGAAUGUAACUUGUUAAUGUUCAAGUGCAUCAUCCUUUUUUCUGUGUCAUUAGAUGCCUUUAAUACAUAACUAUUGUUUAAUGUUGAAGCAUUGCAAUAAUAUUUUAAUAUACAUAAUGUUUGAAUUAAGGCCAUGCACACAAAUAUUCUGAUUUUGUAUGAAAGAUCUAUAAUAUCCCAAAAUGUACAUGAAUCAUAGGAUCGUGAAAGGAACAAUAGGUAUCUCUUCUAAUGCCUUUUGUUUAAUAUGAUGCAGUUAGACAUGAAUCAAACUAUGAGUACAGCCUAUUAAGUUUGUCCGUGUACCAUGCAUGUGCACCACUGAAAUGAAUGGGGAUGGUGCAGCUAAAACGCCCAGUGAAUUGCACCCAUCCAAUGAUCUAGAACUCCUUCUGAGUAACAAUGGAAAGAGAUGUGCUCAUGGAACUAUCCCCUAUAUUGUAAUAAACGGGGAAGCUUUUGCAUUGGGAAUUCUAUUUGUGUUCCAGAAUCUUUGCUGCUAUAAGGAAUUACUGAGCUCAGAAGGAUCGCUUUUUCCAGCAAGGUUAUAUAUAGGUUAAGUAAAAGAAGAUUGGUAAACUCUGUGGAUUGAAAUAAUAUGAUCACCUGUGUAUGACCAAUCCAUGAAUACUAAAGACAUGCAUUAUCCCCUAGGACUAAAACAAUUUCGUAUGACUCUGUUCCUAAUACUGUGACAUGCAGUCAAUGCAUUCUUUUAUGCAUUUUCCUAUAUACAAUUAUUUUUAAUUCAGACAAGAAGGACAUGACCAUAUGGAAGGUCUGUACAUACCUGGUCAUUAUGCAGUAUUUAUUUUCAAAGUUGAUUGUAUUUUUUUUAAUAUUCACAUGUUUGCAACUCUACUUAUAAUUUAGUCAUGUAAAUAGCACUCUUCCAGUGACCACAGCUGUCUUGUACAUAGUCUGUUUUAAAAGUAAAGGAAAUUGAAGUUGGGGGAGAAAAGGGCAGAUUAGGCCUGUUAAUGUACACCAACUAAUGUAAAUCAAAUUCAUUCUGGUGAUGGUAUUUAACACUUUAAAUAAAACA